UUUGUGAACGAUGUGUGACGUAUCGUAAUAAUCCUCGUAGUAUUUUAAUGAUUAGUAUGGAGGAUAUUGAAUUACAAACUGACGAAGUAUCUGAUAAACAAAUAAGUAGGUUCCUAACGUGCUAUUCAUUCUAUGCACAAGUCCUGAUAUGGUCCGUGAGUGUUUCUGAUAACACCGAAAUAAAAUUUCUCCAAGCGUUGUACCCUAAACAAACUGAACGAGUGCGCCUUUGUUUGUGUUUUAUUCAACUUUGUAGAAGUGAGAAUUUUGCAGAGUCGCAGUAUGUCAGAGGACUCCACGGAUAGCGAUUUUGAGGUAAGGGUUAUCGAAGAAGAAGACAAAAGCAGCGUUAUAGACCUGGCAAGGAGAUUUUUCAACCGCGAUGAACCGCUGAAUGAAUACAUCGGUCUAACCGGACCAGAUGGCAAGUGCUCGGACCUUGAGGCCUACAUCUUGUCGACUUUGGAAGAAGGCACAUCGGUCAAGGCAGUGGCAGACGGUAAAUUAGUGGCUUUUUCCAUGAACGGCAUAGUUGGCAAGGAUGAUCCAAACGAGAAAUCAUACGUGGACAGCCCCAAAUUCCAAAUGAUCUUGGAUUUCCUGCUGUACAACACUGUACAGUGCGAUAUUUUUGGGAAAUAUCCCGAUAUCGACAAGGCGAUGACCGUCAAGAUACUUUCGGUGGAUCCUUGUAUGAGGGGUAGGGGGGUUGCAACGAAGCUUGUGGAUGAAACUAGGAGAAUAGCAAUUGAUAAAGGAUGUAAACUGAUGUACGUAGAAUGCACCAGCCACUUCUCAGCCCAGAUCAUGAAACGACUAGGAUUUGAGAAAAUAUAUUCCUUGAAAUACAGCGAUUAUAAAGUUGACGGAAAAGUAAUUUUCAAUCCCAAACAGCCUCACGAAGAAUAUACAGUAUACGUACAAAAACUAUAAAUUGUAUUCUAGACUAGGUAAUUAUCGAACUCUACAAAUUCUUCCGAUUUAGGUUUUCAAUUUCGAUGCAUGGAUAUCAAAAUCAUUGCCGAAUUUUAAAAUGAAUGCCGAACAGGGUUGUGACAAUUUUAAACUUCCACUGAGUGAGCCGAAUAGAAAUACCUCUAUGAGGUGUAUUUUAGAAGAAAUGGCUCUAAUUUAUUUGAAUCCUAGAUGACUUGUAUUCAGGGUAAAUUUUGACUAAAUAUCGAAUGUGUAUACAAACAGUGAUUUUGGCUGAAUGAAACAAAAAUUGAUAAAUUUUUUCGAUAUUAUAUCUACGAUGAAUGUAUACUUUUGUAUAUCUACUGAAUGUACGUAUAUGUUUUUUCUAUUUUCAUAUCUACGUAUUUUUAUUGCGCACUGAUGAUGUUGUUCAUUGAUUCUAUAUAGUAUUUAUUGUUAUAAUUGCUCAAUGUUAAUGUGAUGUAAAAUAAAAAUUCUGACCUA